AUCAUAUUUAGUUAACCCUGAGAAAUGUGUGAUGAAGGGGGGAGAGGGGAGGAGAGGGAGCCAGAGGCACCAUGGCGCUCACCAUCACCUGCCGUCUUCCUCAGAGCCUGAGCAUUGUGGUGAAGGGACGAGUGCAGGCACGUUGCUUCCAUGUAUCUCCCCUGGUUAGUGCUGCCCAUAAAGUGGCAAUGUCCCACCUGGACACUGGGACAGAAAUGCCAUAUGAAAAACUACAAGCCAAUCUUUCUGUCAUCAAGCAGAGGCUGAAUCGUCCUCUAACUCUCUCAGAAAAGGUGUUAUAUUCCCAUUUGGAUGAUCCUGCUGGCCAAGACAUAGUACGUGGGGAGUCGUACUUAAAGCUCCGGCCUGAUAGAGUGGCCAUGCAAGAUGCGACUGCACAGAUGGCCAUGUUACAGUUCAUAAGCUCUGGUCUUCCUAAAGUGGCUGUACCAUCAACAAUUCAUUGUGAUCAUCUUAUUCAAGCUCAGGUUGAUGGGCCCAAAGAUCUAAAUCGAGCCAUAGAAUUGAAUAAGGAGGUAUACAACUUCCUUGCUACUGCUGGUGCCAAAUAUGGAGUUGGAUUUUGGAAACCUGGAUCAGGCAUCAUCCAUCAGAUCAUCUUGGAAAAUUAUGCCUUCCCUGGUCUUCUGAUGAUUGGAACGGACUCACACACUCCAAAUGGUGGUGGGCUGGGAGGUCUGUGCAUUGGAGUCGGAGGAGCAGAUGCUGUUGAUGUAAUGGCAAAUAUUCCCUGGGAGCUGAAGUGUCCAAAGGUGAUUGGUGUGAAACUUACUGGUGAGCUGGGUGGCUGGACCUCGCCUAAAGAUAUCAUUCUGAAGGUUGCCGGAAUUCUCACUGUUAAAGGUGGAACAGGUGCUAUUGUUGAGUACUUUGGGCCUGGUGUCGAUUCCAUUUCUUGCACUGGCAUGGCAACCAUCUGCAAUAUGGGUGCUGAAAUUGGUGCAACGACGUCAGUAUUUCCUUAUAAUAAACGGAUGCAAGCUUAUUUGGCAGCGACCAAUCGUAAGGAUAUUGCCAACCUGGCUGAUAAGAAUAUCUCCCUGCUAACACCAGAUGAAGGAUCUCCAUAUGAUCAACUGAUUGAAAUUAACUUAUCUGAACUGGAACCACAUAUUAAUGGUCCAUUCACUCCAGAUCUCGCUCAUCCUGUUCACAAGGUGGGUGAUGCUGCCAGGGAGAAGGGUUGGCCUCUUGACAUCAAAGUUGGUCUUAUUGGCUCCUGCACUAAUUCAUCGUAUGAAGACAUGGGUCGUUGUGCAUCUAUUGCGAAGGAAGCUAUGAGCCAUGGACUUAAGGCAAAGUGUUCCUUCCAAAUCACUCCAGGAUCAGAACAGAUCCGUGCUACAAUUGAGCGAGAUGGAAUUGCAGAAACAUUGCGUGCCUUUGGUGGCACUGUUUUAGCAAAUGCUUGUGGUCCUUGUAUUGGUCAGUGGGAUCGUCAAGAUGUCAAGAAGGGAGAGAAGAAUACAAUUGUUACUUCAUACAAUCGCAAUUUCACUGGCCGUAACGAUGCUAACCCUGCUACCCACGCCUUCGUUACAUCCCCGGAGUUGGUUACCGCAAUGAUUAUUGGUGGCACACUAGAUUUUGAUCCACGUCGGAGCACAUUGAUUGGUAGUGAUGGAAAAGAAUUCAAGCUCAGUACUCCUUUUGCUGACGAGUUGCCAUCCCGUGGGUUUGAUCCCGGAGAGGACACCUAUCAGGCACCUCCAAGUGAUGGCUCAAGUGUAUCAGUUGAUGUGAGUCCCGAGUCUCAACGACUGCAGCUGCUUUCCCCCUUUGAUAAAUGGAAUGGCAAGGACCUGGAAGAAAUGACUAUUCUCAUAAAGGUCAAGGGCAAAUGUACAACAGAUCAUAUUUCUGCUGCUGGGCCAUGGCUCAAGUUCCGUGGCCACUUGGACAACAUCUCAAACAACAUGUUCCUUACUGCUGUCAAUGCUGAGAAUGGUGAAAUGAAUAAUAUACAGAACAAGGCAACAGGGGAAUGGGGCCCUGUACCUGCCACUGCUCGGGCAUAUAAAGCCAGUGGCAUCACCUGGUGUGUCAUUGGUGAUGACAACUAUGGUGAAGGAAGCUCUCGAGAGCAUGCUGCUCUUGAGCCUCGUCACCUGGGAGGUCGUGCAAUUAUUGUCAAGUCUUUUGCCCGUAUUCAUGAAACCAAUCUGAAGAAACAAGGCAUGUUGCCACUCACAUUUGCUGACCCAGCUGACUAUGACAAGAUUCGUCCUGAUGACAAAAUUUCCCUGCUUGGAUUAGCAAAUUUUGCUCCUGGAAAGCCUGUCGAGUGUCGUAUCAGACAUCCUGAUGGCUCAACAGAAACUAUUAGACUAAAUCACUCGUGUAAUGAGCAGCAAAUUUCCUGGUUUAAGGCUGGCUCUGCUCUAAAUCGCAUGAAAGAGGUAGCAGCUGGAAAUUAAUAAAAGAAAUAUCACAUUGUACAUAAGCCUAUUUUUUUUUCUCUCCAAGUUAGUUAACUUACCCAGUGAUCUUUUAGAGAGUGCUGGCUUGUAGGUUUGUAGUUACUGUAUAUUCAAAUGCAAGUUAGUUAACUUAUUCUUGUACUUCAACAACUUAUGUUGUUGAAGUAAAGACUUGAGAAUUUUAUAAUUUCUAAAGUUAACCCUAUAACCUGAAAAGCAAAAUUUGUUGAAAAAUACUUAAAUGUUUGUUACAGAAGUUAGUUUCUAGUUGGUGAAAGGAAUUUAUAAACUAUGCAUCACUUUGGAGAAAAUUGUGUUGGUGUUUCUAUAGUAAUGAGGUUAAUAUUUUGUUAGCCACAUUUAAAUUGGUUAAAGUAUUAUUUUAUCUGAUGGGCAACCUGAGCAUCUUGUUCAGACAUGCUAAUUUGAGGUAUAAAUAUAGUCCAGUGAAGAAUUUUAAGUUUCUUCAAUGAAGACACCGGUGAGUUUUGUACAUUAGUAAUUUUCUUGUGGGAAUUUUCUGUAGUGAUGAACUGUGGUGAACAGAAUUCAUCAAAAUUUUCCAGUUUUGGCUUGACCUUUGUGGACAAGGGUUAAAAUACUAUAACAUUUGUACAGUAUAUUAAUUGUAUGUUUUAAAAAAUUUAUUCUCAAAUAUUGUCUGUUGUCAGACUGAAAGACUGUAUAUAGUUGUCAAUAAAAUAUAAGUUAAUAUUUA